GCCAAGCACAUCGGCUGCAAACCAGUUUUCGUUUCGUCCGACGUCCUACUCCGGUUGCACAGAACUCGCGACACAGUCGAUUUUCAUCCGCGCGUCGCGUACGUCCACGGCCAAACACAACCGACUCAACAUGACUACGUUGCAAGAGCGUUUCGAGGCGGCCGCCGAGGAAGUGAAAUCGCUCACGAAGAGACCGACCGACGUCGAACUGUUGGAACUUUACGCGUUGUACAAACAAGCAACGGUCGGGGACAAUGACACCGGAAAACCCGGCAUGUUCGACUUGAAAGGCAAAAAAAAAUGGGAAUACUGGACCAAUUUGAAGGGCACUUCCAAGGAAGAAUGCCAAGAGAAGUACAUCGCAAAAGUUGAAGAAUACGUUGGAAAAUACAGAGAUUAAUAUUCGCAAGAAUGUAUAAGAUUAUAUUUAUAACGAAAGGUUUCUUAUAUAUUAUAUUAGUAUGUUAAAAAUAAGGACAAGUUGAUAAGGUCAAACGAAAUAAAUGUUCACACAUGUAUAUAAAAAACGUACCUAUGUAUACGAGCAUAAUACGAGUUUUAAGUAUAUCGUUGUAUUAUUUAACAAAAGAGUUUAAAUUUUUAAUUCAUUUUUUUUAUUUAA